GCCGCGCACCGGGACACGGACCGCGGCCUCCGGGCUCCGCGCCCCGCGCGCGCCCCGGCGAUGGCUGCUCCCAGGCCGCUGCGCCCUCGCCCCGGCGUCCUCCCGCCGCUGCUGCUGUUGCUGCUGCCGCUCGCCGGCGCCUUCAAUCUGGACGUCGAAAGCCCCGCCGAGUACGCCGGCCCCGAGGGCAGCUACUUCGGGUUCGCCGUGGACUUCUUCGUGCCCAGCACGUCCUCGAUGUUUCUCCUGGUGGGCGCCCCAAAGGCAAACACGACCCAGCCCGGGAUUGUUGAAGGAGGACAGGUCCUCAAGUGUGACUGCUCUUCCAGGCGUCGAUGCCAGCCCAUCGAAUUUGACUCAACAGGGAGCCUGUCUGUGUUAUGACUUGUGUGUGCUCUGCUGCAGCCAUUCUGUGCGUCUCUACCAUUCUGGAUGUCUUUCAGCUUAAACCGACAGUGUCAAGACGGAGGUAUUUUGGGAAAAUCUAUUAAGAUAAGUUUAUGUCUGCUCUGGGCAGAGGGACCUCUCAAGAGCAGUGGCGACUUCUGCUUUUCCUCUGUGAGGCAUGACUCACCGACCACGCCAGCUUACCCCUCUAAUCAGCAGUGUGCCCCGGGCCUGAUGUGAUGCAAAAAUAGAUGAUGAAUCAUCUUGAGUAUUCAGAUAGAUUUAGGUGACUUAAAAAAGUCAUCAAAAAAAUUUUUUUUAUCUAAAAUGUAUUAGAAAAAAAUAUAUUGUGUUACUGAUAACAGGAUCAUUUUAUUUUUGGAACAGAUUUCAAUGUCAAUCAAGGUGGUGGCAAUUGAAAAACAGAUAGCCUAAGGAAGUCGAGAGAUAAUUCAAAUUUUGUAUUUACAUCAUUGGAAUAAAAUGUUCAGACUCGUA